AUGCACACCAAAACUUUGUUUACGGCUUCUUUGUUAGCGGUUUCUACAAUAAACGCCCAAAGUUUCCUCGAGGUAGUCCAAAAGACGCCAGAGCUCUCAUUAUUCUCCGCCAUAGUCGCUAGUCUCAAUGAUACUUUCACCGACCUCCUAAAAUCCGUCGGCCCCGACGAUGCUAGUCGCACGAUUCUUGUCCCGAACGACCAGGCCAUCCAAUCUUUCAUGGUGAAUAACAACAUCAAGUCACCUGCUGAUAUUCCUGCCGAAAAGGUUAUUCCGUUCCUAAGUUAUCAUGUACUAUUGAAUAACGUCAGUAGUGCGCAAUUCUCAUCGCCAGGGGGCGCUGUUGUAGAGACGAAGUUGCAAGAUGAACAAUACGCGCUUCUACCGAAUAACAGUGGACAAGUUGUAUAUGGGACACAGAAGGCUACUGAAGAGAAGAAAGCGGCGGCGAUUGAAAUCAAGAGUGGUGUUGAAGGUGGUGCUGUGCAGAUUGUGAAACAGGAUGUGACAUUUAAUCAAGGCCUUAUUCAUGUGGUUGAUGGAUUCUUGACCCUACCGACGAACUGCUCGAAGACAAUUCAGCACCAAGGCGCCGAACGUUUGGUCACAUAUAUUAAGCGUCUCGGCCUUUUGAAUACUCUUGACAGUUUCCCCGGUGCCACUUGUUUUGCCCCAUCUGAUGCUGCAAUCGAGAGGGCUCUCCCAGUCCUAAUGAAUAUGACCGAUGCCCAAUUAAUCGAUGCAAUCAAAUUCCACACCCUAUUGGAAGCCUAUUAUACACCAGACUUGAAGGAUGGCCAAGUCAUUGAAACCUCCUUGGCGGGUGCUUCUAUCACUGUUAACAUUGUGGAUGGGGAUUAUUAUUUUAACGGUGUUUUGGCCAAGACAACCAACGAUAUUGCAAGAAAUGGUGUGGCUUAUCUACUUGAUGGGAUCAUGCCUACCGUAUUCAAUGGCACCAUAACGCCUUCCAAGUCGACUACCUCUGCUCGAUCCACCUCCACUACUCCUCCGACUGGCACAAACACUGGUGUAAGCGGAGCUAAGACCACUGGCGCAGGAACAACUACGUCAGCGCCGACCGCUUCCGGUACUCCAAACGCUGCGGCCGCCUUUAUGGCUGGGGGCUCGAUUCUUAUAGCUGGAGUAUUGGCUUUGCUCGCAGUUUUCUAA